AUGGGAAAAUCAUUGCCUAGUGAUAAGCGGCCUUUGAUCAUCUGGUGGCUUGGUGUGGUUGCGCAGCUUCUUAUUCAGCUUACAUACUCUCAGAAUUUUGAAGGACAAACGUCGCGGCAAGAAAGCUGCCACGUGGAUGGAGAUGUUUCGCCACCUUCUGCAUUGCAUUUGUUCAUACAGAAACAAAACGUUAUAAUGAGCAAUGGGAUUGUCAACGUGACUUUGAAUGUGCCAGAUGGCAUGGUGACCAGUAUAACUUACAAGGGUAGUGACAAUUUGCUGGAACCCAAGAAUGCUGAAUAUGAUAGAGGAAUGCCAGGAACAAGUUUUAAAAUCAUAACUCAAACCAACUAUCAAACGGAGCUCUCAUUCAGCAGUAUGUGGAGAGGUGGUGCCUCAACACCUCCCUUAAACAUCGAUAAAAGAUUUGUAAUGCUGAGAGAUUCCCCCGGAUUUUACACGUAUGCUGUGGUCGAACGUUUAAAAGAGUGGCCAGCUUUCGACAUCCAAGAAGGCAGAUUUGUGUUGAAGCUUAAGGAUAACAAGUUUCACUACAUGGCUAUGUCUGAUGAGAGGCAAAGGAUUAUGCCAACUCUUAAGGAUCGGGAGACAGGGCAAGAGCUUGACUACAAAGAAGCCGUUCUCUUAACCAAUCCAUCUAAUGUCGAGUUGAAAGGAGAGGUUGAUGACAAGUACUUGUACUCGUGCGAUAAUAAAGACAACAGGGUUCAUGGUUGGGUAAGCAACGAUUACGAACCAGUGGGCCUUUGGAUGAUCACGCCUAGCAAUGAGUUCAAGACAGGCGGCCCAUUUAAACAAGAUCUUACUUCUCAUGUUGGCCCAGUUGUGCUUUCUAUGUUUAUUAGCACGCAUUAUGCUGGGGAAGAUAUAGCUCUCAAGUUUGAGACGGGGGAAUACUGGAAGAAAGUUCUUGGUCCGGUUUAUGUUUAUUUAAACUCGGAUUUCUUGGCCAGAACCAAUCCUAGUGUUCUUUGGAAUGACGCGAAACAAAGGAUGCUGAAGGAGAAAGAAAGUUGGCCAUAUAAUUUCCCAGGUUCAGGGGAUUUUAUCAAAGCCGACCAAAGGGGAGCAGUAACCGGCCAAUUGCUUGUUCGUGACUGGUACAAGAACAAGAAGGCUGUGCCUGCAGUCUCAGCAUAUGUGGGACUUGCACCACCUGGACCCGCCGGUUCAUGGCAAUUAGAAAACAAGGGCUACCAAUUUUGGACACAAACCGACAAUUCGGGAAAUUUCUUGAUCAAGAAUGUGAUACCGGGAACCUACAGCCUGUUUGCCUAUGUCCCAGGAUACAUUGGAGACUAUAAACAUAGUUCAGACAUCUUGGUCUCCUCUGGAUCCAAUGUUAUUGCGACAAGUGUCGUUUUCGAAGCUCCACGAAAAGGCCCCACUUUAUGGGAGAUGGGUAUUCCCGACCGAACGGCUGCUGAGUUUUUCAUACCCAACCCCAGCUCACGAAUCUUUGCCCACCAUUACUCCAGACCUGUUGCAAAGUUCAGACAAUAUGGAUUGUGGGCACGGUACAAUGACUUGUAUCCCGUGGGCGACUUGGUGUACACCGUGGGAAAAAGUGAUUAUCGUAAAGAAUGGUUUUUCGAGCAUGUCAAUAGGAAAUUAAGGGAUGAACAGUUUGCAGCGACUACAUGGCAAAUAGAGUUCGACCUGAAAAGUGUGAUCAGCGCAGGAAUUUACACGGUCCAGUUGGCUCUUGCGUCUGCCAAUGAAGCUGAACUGCAAGUACUUGUUAACGACCCGAAUGCGGCCCCACAAUUCACGACUGGGUUGAUAGGAAGGGACAAUGCAAUAGCAAGGCACGGUAUUCAUGGGUUGUACCAUUUAUAUAGCAUUGACAUUUCAGGUUAUCGGCUGGUGGUUGGGAAGAAUACUAUCUUUUUGAAGCAGGCAAGAAGCCAAGGGCCUUUCAGGGGAGUCAUGUAUGAUUAUAUACGUUUUGAAGGACCUGCCUGA